AUGGACCCCGACGACCUCUCUGCAGAAGACGAGGCACUGCGCAGCUUCCUGCCCACCUCCUUUGGGAAGCAGUCGAGAACAGCCAACGUAAAAGCGCAGAUCGACCUCUCGCGGCGCAAGCCAGCAGCAGAGCCCAAGCCGCUUCCAGGGAUAGCUGCAGACACGUCGUCCGGCGAAGAUGCUGCGUCCGCAGCUUCGGAUGAAGAGGACGAAGACGACAGCGGGGAAGAAGACGAGUUUCCCGUAUCCCAUGAGAUGCUCCUCAAGACGCAUCAGCGCGCGGUCACCACUGCCACGCUGGAUCCCUCCGGCACAAGGCUGGUAACUGGCUCUACGGAUUGCACGGUCAAAUUCCAUGACUUCGCCGCGAUGACACCUACUACCAUCCGCGCCUUCCGCUCCGUCGAUCCAACGGCUACGAAAGGUUCAGCGAACGUCGAGACACAUCCAGUCCACCAGGUGCUCUUCAACCCUAUCUCCCCCAGCCAGAUACUUGUCAUCACUGCGUUGCCACAAGCCAGGGUCUUCAGUCGAGAUGGCGAGCUUCUCACGGAGUUCGCCAAGGGAGACAUGUACCUGCGCGAUCUGCACAACACCAAGGGGCACAUCGCAGAGGUGACAUGCGGAGUGUGGCAUCCGACGAACAGGGAUUUGUGCGUGACAGCCGGAACGGAUAGUACCCUACGGAUCUGGGACGCGAACAACAAGCGAGCACAGAAGGAGGUCAUUGUGCAUAAGUCGAGGAUCGCAGGAUCGGCAGGGAGGACACGGAUGACCGCAGUGGCAUGGGGUUCACCGAUGCAAGGAGGCAGCAAUGUGCUUGUAGCGGCGGCUCUAGACGGCAGCCUCGCCAUGUGGAGUGGAGAAGGUCCGUAUCAUCGACCAGCUGCAGACAUUCGCGACGCCCACACUCGGGAUACUUGGACUAGCGGCGUGGACAUUAGUGCCGAUGGCAGGCUGGUAGUGACGAGAGGUGGCGACGACACAAUCAAGCUGUGGGACACGCGCAAGUUCAAGCAGCCGAUCACCACCGUUACGCAUCCGUCAACAUCUUCGCAAUAUCCUACUUCGAACAUCCGCUUCUCGCCGACCUCCUCAAACAUCCUGACAGGCUCGGCGACAGGCGACCUCCACAUCCUCAACCCAGCGACACUAAAGCCCGAGCUCAUCACACCAGUCACUCCCGGCUCACCCCUCAUCACAGUACUCUGGCACGAGAAGCUCAACCAAAUCAUCACCGGCUCCGCCAACGCCGAAACCCACGUCCUCUACAACCCCAACACCUCGACCAACGGCGCAAGACUCGUCAUGUCCAAAGCACCCAAGCGCCGCCACAUCGACGACGACCCCAACCUAACCAUGGAUCUCGCGCACGGCAUCUCCGGCGACAGCAUCAUCACCCCCGGAGGCGCGCAGUCCGCAGCCACCAGCUUCGCCGCGCGGCACCCGAACGUCGGCUUGACGGCUUCCGGGAGGUCGAGAGAUCCGCGUAGGCCGCAUGUGCCGGUGACGACGCCGUUUGCGAAGAGCCAGCCCGAUGAGAAGCACAUCAGGGAACAUAUCCCGCUGAGCAGUAUGCGGGACGAGGAUCCGAGGGAGGCGCUGCUGAAGUAUGCGGAGAAGGCGGAGAAGGAUCCCAUGUUUACGAAUGCGUGGAAGACGACGCAACCGAAGACGAUUUAUGCCGAGUUGAGCGAGGAGGAGGAUGAGCCGGAGAAAAAGAGGGCGAAACGGUAG